CGUUGCACCUUGCAUUACACAAGCACUUGACAGUUCGCGUUUGACAGCGCGCCAAUUUUUUUUCACGCGCGCGUCUGUGACAUUUUGUGCGUUCCAAAUUUGAAUUUGUGUUUUUUUUUCUCGGAUUUUGAUCUGUGGUUUUUGCAUAAAAAUGGGUUCGCUACCACGAAUGUCCGUCGUGACGGGCGGCCGGGUGGCCGUGCCGGCUGCGCCACUUCCCAAACACCUGGAACUGCUGGCGGCUGGAGACAGAACUGCACUGGUUUAUUCAGAUGAAACCUGCAACAUCCGUAUAAGCUAUUCCGAGUUAGAAGCCAGAUCUAACUCGUUAGCGAGAGCUAUAUGCGCACACGCAAGGCCGAGAGGGUGUAACAGGGAUCAAGAUUAUGUGAUCGCUGUAUGCAUGCAGCCUACGCAUAACACAAUAAUAACACUAUUAGCGAUAUGGAAGGCAGGCGCAGCGUAUGUGCCAAUGGAGCCCAGUUUCCCCCAAGCAAGAGUGUCGCAUAUUUUGAAAGAUGCACAACCCUCUUUGGUUAUUUAUGAUGAUACCGCAAAUCCAUCAAUGUUCAAAAACAGUGGAGUACCAGCCAUAUCAUUUGAAGAAAUAUCACUAGACGCCAGUGCACUAUCCUCAAACCGUUUGAGUGACAGUGACAUGCUAGUGCGUUAUAAUGUUGACACUAUCGCCAUAGUGUUGUACACUUCUGGGAGCACGGGGAUACCAAAAGGCGUUCGUCUUCCCUAUUCUGCCAUUUGCAAUCGCCUCUGGUGGCAAUUCCGCACAUUCCCCUACUCCGAUACAGAAAGUACUUGCGUAUGGAAAACUGCGUUAACAUUCGUGGAUUCUGUCUGCGAGAUUUGGGGUCCAUUACUUCAUGGCAGGUCGUUAGUGAUAGUGCCGAAGGAAACCACGAGGGAUCCGCAGAAGUUGGUGCGAGUUUUGGCUGAGAACCGAAUUGAACGUUUAGUCCUAGUGCCAACAUUACUUCAAUCGAUCCUUAUGUACCUAUCGCUAAAUCCUUCAGAGAGACCGCUCCAAAAUCUUAAGCUCUGGGUCUGUUCUGGAGAAACCCUUAGUAAGGAUCUGGCUUCUAGAUUCUUCCAGUACUUUGGUGACCAGAAUGGAUAUAAAUUGGCCAAUUUCUACGGCAGUACUGAAGUUAUGGGGGAUGUGACGUAUUAUGUUAUGGAGAGAAGGGAACAGGUUGAUACGUUCCCGACUAUACCUAUAGGUAGCCCUUUAUCAAACUGCGCAGUAUACCUCUUAGACGAGGAAAUGAAUCCGUGCCGGGAAUCAGAAGCCGGCGAAGUGUGUGUCGGGGGCAGUAACCUCGCGCGGGGGUAUGUGGGGGGGCAGGGGGCAGACAAGUUCUGUGAUAACCCACAUGCUAAUAAUCCUGAAUUCAGCCGUCUCUACCGUACAGGAGAUUACGGUAUACUUUACAAGGGUGUAAUACUCUUCGCCGGUCGAACUGACUCACAAGUUAAAAUUCGUGGCCAUAGAGUCGAUUUGCAGGAAGUUGAGAGGGCUGUAGCUAAUGUGGGGGGAGUUGAGAAAGGUGUAGUACUUUGCUACGGUCUAGAUCGAGGUAAUCCAGAAAUUCUAGCCUUCGUCAAACUGAGUCCCAAUGUAAGACUUAGUGGACAUAAUAUUGAACAUACUCUGAAAGACGCAUUGACCAGUUAUAUGUUACCACAAGUAAUUAUCAUAGACGAAAUACCUCUUUUAGUGAACGGCAAAGUGGAUAGACAGGCUUUGCUAAAGAUGUACGAAAAUAGUAAUAACAAUGACGACACCACAUUAUCCCUAGAGCUAGACUACACAAACGUCCGCCCCGAUCAGCUAGCAGCCGCUAGGGCGCUGCUCACUGCAGUGGGCGAGGCGAUAGGGCGCGGGGCGAGGGGCGCUAUAUCUUUACAAGCUGGGUUCUAUGAGUUAGGGGGGAAUUCCCUUAACUCUAUCUAUACGAUUACGAGGCUGAGGGAGAAGGGGUAUUAUAUCGAUAUAAGUGAUUUCAUCGGAGCAGCAAAUCUUGGAGAAGUUCUACAGCGUCUAACCACAAACCCUGAUAGUGUCAGAGACUCUGAUGAUGCUAAAUUCAAUGUGGUCUCAAUGAGAGAUGAUCAUAGGGAACAGGUUAUCGAAAUGAUAGUAUCAUCAUUUUACGAAAAAGCGGAGUUGGAGCAGUUCCUCCGUCACGAGAUAGACACACGUGACUACGCGCACUGCAUCAGCGCUUGCUGGCAGCCAUUGCUGCAGGCCGGCCUUAGUGUUGUGCUGGAGGAUCAUACAUCCAACCCUAUAGCAGUAGCUCUGAACUUCGACGCGCUAGAUGAACCAGAUAUAACUCUAUCUGGAGGACUCGCUAAGAUAAUGACGUUUUUGGAAGCUGUGGAGAGUUCUGUGAGAGAUACUAUGCUACCUGGUGGAAAAGGUACAAUCCUCCACUCCUUCAUGAUGGCCACAUCUUCAACCCUCACAGCAGGAGAUAAUGUAUCAGCUAUAAAAGAAUUAGAAAUAGCCACCAUGGGGGUUGCUAAAGAGAGGGGGUUCCGGGGGGUGUUUACUACUAAUACUAGCCCUUUGACUCAGCAACUAGGCACAGACGUCUUCGGUUUCCAAACACUACUGGAUUAUCAAAUAAAUCAGUAUGUAGACGCGAACGGAGACAGGAUAUUCGGCCAAGCGCCCGACGACAUGAGAGCUAUCGUUUGUUGGAAACCCGUCGAAAAGAACACAGCAUUUUAGAUUAAAAUAUUUCUUUAUAAGUUCAAAUUCAUGACAGUUACUAUUAAUUUUAUGUUAUUUUGCAUUCAAUAUAAUGUUUAUAUUUAUAUUUUAAUAUAAGUACAAUGCCUAUAUUAUGUAUGUAUGUAAUAAAAUUACUAUCUUCGAACUUCAAGCAGUGACGUUUUGGGAGAUAUUGCUGAUCCUGCAUCCUUUAGGGCUGAUUUUUCAAUCCUUGGUUAAUACUUAUUCGUCGAAUGACGUACUAAACUACCAUUUCAAAAAUGUAUUCUUUAGCCGUAUUUGACAGUUUACGGGUGACAUUUUAAUAUUAUCGUGUAAUACUUUAUUGGGCGGAUAAGGCCGGUUGCAGAGCUUGACCGACCAUCAGUGUGGAAUCAUAUGUAUGGAUAUACGCGUGCGUAUGGUCGGUCUAGCUAUGAACGGUUUUAUGAAUUUCCAUACGUAUGACAAGCGCGACUGACGUACGCACUGAUGGUCGGUCAAGCUCUGCAACCAGCCUAAGUUUUAACUAUGGAUUGAAAAAUCGGCCCUUAAAACUAUAUCAUUUUUGGUGUUUCAUUCGUAAAUGAUGAUAGUAAUAUCACAGAUAAUAUAAUACUUAUAGUAGUUAUAUUGCACUAGCGGUCCGCCCCGGCUUCGCCCGUGGUACAUGUUUACGUUUUGUUUCCAUAAGAACCAUCCUCGUACUUCAAAGAAUAUAAUAAAAAAAGAGUUAUCGAAAUCGGUUCAGCCGUUCUCGAGUUAUGCGCUUACCAACACAUUUUGCGAUUCAUUUGUAUAUUAUAGAUUUGUAAAUAAUUAAUAGGUAAUUGUUUAACCUGCAUAGUUAGUACCAAGAGGUAAAACAACGUUCAAAUAGUAUUAUUAACCUAAGAAUAUCUAGACUAUAUUAAAUACUAAAUACAUAAAUAAGCAUUAGUAAUUUACUUCCUUUGAAAUAUAAAAAAAUAUAUAAUAAGUAUAAAACAACAUACAUAAUA